UUGAAUUAUCCCUUACAUUUAAACUUGAAUCCUGAGCUGAUAUUGCCCUACUUUACGCUUCUAAACUUAUUUGUCUUCAGAGGCACAGAAAGUCAAAAGUUUAAAUGGACUCACAUUCGGCUAACUGUUGAAGAUGGGAAACAUUUUAGGCUAAAUAAACAUCACCCAAACUGAAAUCCAAAUGAAGACAGGACUGUAUUGAUUUCCUUCCUGUUUUUUUAAAAUGGGAAGUUAAGCCUUCAGAGAUGCACAAUCUGCUCUGCACAGUGUGUGGGAGACAAAAUUGAGAAUUUUCUCAAUUCAGGACAUGCUUCAACAGAAUCCUGCACUCAUGUAUGGACUUUCUUAUUUUCUCUUCUUCGUCCUUAUCGAAGAUGUUUUCCCGGUUACUUUUGACACCCCAAAAGUCACUGGUUUCACAGGGCACAACAUCACUUUACCCUGCUUGUAUGACGCCCAAACACUCGGCAUCCUUAGUGUCUGCUGGGGACAGAGUAGGGUGCCGCUGACCAAAUGCUCCAAUCCCAUACUGUCCUCCCGGGGGAAUGCUGUGCUCUUCAGACAGUCGCCCAAGUACCAGCUGCUGGGUCGGGUGAUGGAGGGAGACGUCUCCCUGACCAUUGUGAAUGCUCAAAGGAUCGAUGCUGGAGUGUAUGGCUGCAGAGUGGAGGUUCCUGGGUGGUUUAACGACAUUAAAAUCAACAUACAUCUCACAAUGAAAGAAGAAAUGUGGACAGAACUUGCCUCCAUAACUGUUCCAAUUAUUGAAACAAAAGUAGAGAAGAUUAAAGCUGACACAAAUCAGAAAAAAGUGUUGACACACCUGGACCUGUGUUAUAUUGGAAAAAUGGCUGCCAUUGUCUUCCUUCCUGUUAUCCUAAUCCUUGUGGUCUUGAUAAGAAGGAGGAUGCCAUUGACAGAGAAAUGUUCACGUACCUCUGUCACAUCUGAGAACGUCUAUGAAAGCAUCCUCAUGACCACCUGAUUUUUAGGACUAGGAGUAAACCUGAAUUAUUCCUGUGAAGAAGCUCUCUACAAGUCCUGAUAGGUUUCAAAGUCCUACUUAUCUCCUUAUUUUCUCAUCAUAUCUUUGAAAUUUACAGUAAAAGGACAAAAUGACUACGGUAGAUUACAGAUGAAAGCCAAUUAGUGUCAAAAAUUUUAGAUUAUAUGAAAGAGGCAAAUUCAUAUCAGAACAAAAGGAAAUAGUCUGCUGAUGGGAACACUGCUUCAUUUUUGUAUUUGAGUGGACAUUGCCACCUGCUGGAGCAGGGCUUGUUUAAAAAUAUAUCAUCUGCAAAAAUAGCUAUAGAAACGCAUGGGUCCCACUGUUCUGUGUUGGAACACUGUGCGUAGAUCUUCGGAAGCUGUUUUAGGCUGACACAUGUCGGCAUUUGUUGUGUUUUUCUAAUGUGGUAUAAAAUGGAGAGAAAAGUAUUGAGUUUUUUGAUAAGGUCAUUGAAAAUUUCCAGACUAGUGAGAAAAACAAACGUUUCCUUCUGUAACUUUAAAUAUUCCAAUGAAAAUUGAUUUGAAGUUACUUUUUCCUUUAGUGUUAAAUAAUUAUAUUGGGUUGGAUUUAUCUGAACUUUUCCAAACGUUCAAAGCGUUUGCGAUGUGUCCAUUAUUCAUUCACUCCUCAUUCAUACUUGGUGACGGUAGCUACUGAUGUAGCCACAGCUGCCCUGGGGCAGACUGACAGAGGGGUUGA